CUGCUCCCCUUGCAGCGGGGGGACGGCGUCAAACCCCCAAGAUGGCGGCGGCGGCGGCGGCGGAGGAGCGGAUGGCCGAGGAAGGAGGCGGCGGCCACGGUGACGGCGGCUGCCCGUCGGCCAUGGGCUCUUCCCAGCGGCUGCCCCCGCCGCCCCCGGCCCAGCCGCCGCCCCCGGGGUCCCAGACGCCCCCCGCCCCGGCGCUGGCGGCGGACCAGAUGCCCCCAAACAACACGCUGGUGGCGCUGCCCAUCGUCGCCAUCGAGAACAUCCUCAGCUUUCUGGCGUACGACGAGAUCAGCCAGCUGCGCCUGGUUUGUAAGAGAAUGGACUUGGUCUGCCAGAGGAUGUUAAAUCAGGGAUUUCUAAAAGUAGAGAGGUACCAUAAUCUGUGUCAGAAGCAAGUUAAAGCACAGCUCCCGAGGAGGGAAUCAGAAAGGAGAAACCAUUCACUCGCUCGCCACGCGGACAUCCUUGCCGCUGUGGAGACGCGGCUGUCACUACUAAACAUGACUUUCAUGAAGUACGUGGACUCCAAUCUCUGUUGCUUCAUCCCAGGAAAGGUGAUCGAUGAGAUUUAUCGUGUGUUGAGAUACGUCAAUUCCACCAGAGCCCCUCAGCGAGCUCAUGAAGUUCUUCAAGAGUUGAGGGACAUCUCCUCCAUGGCGAUGGAGUACUUUGACGAGAAGAUCGUCCCGAUUCUCAAGAGGAAGUUGCCGGGUUCAGAUGUCUCUGGGAGACUCAUGGGCUCUCCUCCAGUUCCAGGACCUUCUGCAGCCCUGACGACAAUGCAGCUCUUCUCCAAACAAAACCCUUCAAGACAAGAAGUCACCAAACUGCAGCAGCAGGUCAAGACUAACGGUGCCGGUGUGACUGUCCUCAGGCGUGAAAUCUCCGAGCUCCGCACCAAAGUGCAAGAACAGCAAAAGCAGCUGCAGGAUCAGGACCAGAAGCUGCUGGAGCAGACCCAGAUAAUAGGCGAGCAGAACGCACGGUUGGCAGAGCUGGAACGCAAGUUGCGGGAAGUGAUGGAGAGCGCGGUAGGAAGCUCGUCGGGGGCUGGGCAGAACGAAGAGUCGCCUCGAAAGCGAAAAAAGGCGGCCGAAGCCAUAGACUCCCUGAGAAAGUCCAAGCGUCUCCGGAACAGGAAGUAAGUGGAGCGUGGGCCUCGCUCCAGAGGAAGCCUUUGGCUUGGUCGCUUCUGCAGCCGGGCUUAUCGGGACGCGUGAGCAGCGUGUGCGCCCCGUGGCUGCCCGGCCUUCAGGACACAGCCUCAACUUGAACUGUCACAGCUGGGACAUUCUCUUCCUGCUUCUCCUGGUUGAACCGAUGCACAGAAUCUUUUUACUUUGCAAUAGAUUUGUACUAACCAGACCUGUUCUAUCAUGUUUUGAGGAGUUAACUUUUUGUUGUUGCUGUUGUUAUUGUUCUCUGUGCAGAUAAUGUUUAAAGGAAAUUUAUUUGUUUCUGCAUAUAUGCACAUGAUUACAUAAGGGUCUUCAACCAGUCUCGACAGACUAGAAGUUAAGUUUAAUACAGAAAAUGUCCUGUUCACUUGAAAGAAAAGAUCUACUUUUUAAAAUGGACGGUAUCUUGUUUUAAAAAAGAGAGAGAGAGAAAAGGAAAAUGUUGGCUUUUUGUUAUAAGUGACCUUUGUCUGGAAUGUCUGAAAAGUCGUCAAUGCUUGUUGGUAUCGAAGUCCCGGGCAACUUAAACGGACUUCCGUAGUAUUGACCGUAGAGGGGCCUGUCCAGUAUUGACUCUAUAUUUUUAUAAACUGCUGGCAAGGGACGUACCCGGUUGUUCUCUACGUGUUUCCAGUUUCUCUUUGGGGGCCACGUCCUACAUUUGCACGGAUGGAUGCAUGCAUUGCCUAGUCAGCUCACUUUAAAAAAGCUCUUGCACUGGUAUUAGUCUUGAACCUCUAGACUUCACUUCCUAGAACAGCGUCUUAGUGUAUGUAAGCCGCUUAAUAUCUUCCAAACACAACAGCUUGCCUCUGGCGGGGGGGGGGUUUGUUGGUCCACUUGUCCUCCGCUUUUAUAGGAACGAUAGAGCAUUAAGUCCUCUCCCCCCACCACUUCCCCUGGUCUCUGGUUCGGGCACACUGGCUAAGACAGAGCCCCCUAUUCCGGGGCUCCUCGUAUCAGUGUCAGACCCCUGGUAACGAGUCCUCUUCCAUCCUCACUGCUGAGUGUGCUUGUCAUCGACCAGUGUGGUGAUGAAGUAAGGGGUGCAGUUUUGCCACGGAGAGAAAGUUCAGUGAAGGUUAUACCAUGAAAGGAAAAUAAUAAUAAUAAUACACACACGCAUUUGGAUCAUUUCAUUGCUGGGAGAUGACCGGAGGGAAGGAAGCCUUUUUAAUAUCCAAGCUUCCCUUUCCCUCCAACCUUAAACAAAAGCUUUAAUUUUGUUUGCACUCCUGUUUCGAGCUUGUAACUGGAAAGCAUGUCUUGCACUGUUCAACCUUCUGAGUGGUCACUUUAACAGCCUCCAAUUCGUAUAACAGUGGCCACUUUCCCCAGUUGUAUAUUUUUGAGACAUUUAGCUACUUACUGUCCUAGUGUCAUUUUAAUGUACUAAAUUAUGUCAUUAUUAUUUCCCUGUUAAGUUCUUUAAACAGCUGUUGCCUUGGGCUCCAGUUAUUUAAAAUAAACUUAGGAGUAAUACAGAAAACUCUCCCUUUUCCAGGUGAGAGUUGGACACCUGUAUAAAAUUUAAGGUUUUGGUAAGUACCUUAGUUGAUGCAAAGCACAAAGUUGCCACUAUUUUUCCGUCCAACAUGACGUGGAAACGCGUCCUUUCGAUCAACUUUGCUCAAUGAAACUUCUCUUCCUCAUUUUUUUUUUUAAAUGCUGUCCUUAGAUCUUGAUCAAGUCUGUGUUUAACUUUUGUUUUCAAUGAGAAACCAUAAAGUAGCAUCCAAGUUGUUUGGUGGUUUGUUGAGAAGGCGAUUUCAAAAUAAACAGUUUCCAAAAAAAACGU